AUGAUCAACGGGAUGUUUCCGCGGACAGAUGCCGAGUUGGUCGCUUGGAACGACGUCGUGGAUUGUGCUGGGCGCGUUUUACGCCAUGAGUCGUCCCCAUGCCCUGUGGAACAAGAGCAAUACUUUGAGCCAUACGGAGAACUACCAUACUCGGAUACUUAUACGGACUUUAUGCAGGAGCGAGAGCCCGAACCUGCUACAUACACACAAAGCGAAGUGUGUGAGCAGUAUGUGCUUUCCCCAAACGCGCUGUCGCAGGAGGAUGAGACAUUCGUGUAUGUUCCAUGCGUACCGGCACAAGAGUACGAACAUGAGCAACAUGCAUCCACACGUACAGCUGCUCUGGCGGAUGUCACACCUCCGUCACCCUGGCUGCGACGGGAGCUGGGUCUUCCACGCUCGAAGCUCGACGUCCGUCCACGGAAGAAAGGACGAAAGAAAAUAACUGCUGAGGUUAGCGAUAAGGAGGAAGGCCCUAGCACCAGAAAGAGAGGCAGGCCGCGGAAGACUCAGAAGGACGUGAAGCCCGGUCCUCCCUCUACUCAUGUAAUGUCUCUUCGCGCGUAUGACUAA